UCGCCGUCAAUGCCUUCCCGAACCGCUGUCACAGGUCGCAAGACCGCGGCGUGGCGAUCUCUUCUGCUAGGGUUACUGCCGCUGGAUUCUUGGUAGGGCCGGGGAUUGGAUCACGUUAGGGUUCUGGAUUCCGCAUUAUUGGUGGAGGGAGGUGGCUGUUGGCUGGGAUCAUGAGAGCUCGGCUGGUGGUUUUCCCGAUCAAGGGGAGGAGUUGGUGCUUCAGCCGCUCCGCGGAAUCCGUCUCCGGUGCCGACUCCUCUUCGACGCCACCCCCGGGACUGAGGGAUCUCUGGAGGAGGAUCUCCUCCCAUGGCCGCUCCGCCCAGGAGAGCGCCGAGAUCGUCGGCGACUUCAUCGCUGAUAAGAUGAAUCGAGCGUGGACCGGUCUCGAGAAGGCUCCAGCAGGGACUCUCAAGAGCAGGAUCCACAGUUUAGGAUUGCGGCUUUUAUCACGAGUGAAACCUUCGGAGAUAUUUCUGAAGUCCGUUACUAAAGACAUUACAACGGUGGAAAUUACUUACCCUGCGAAUUUGAAUCCUCGUUUUGUGCGUCGAAGAUUACGACAUAUGGCCAUGCGGGGAUCUGCAGUGCACAGGAAUUAUUUUUAUGGUUCAAUUUCUUUACUUCCACUUACAAGUGUUCUUAGUGUUUUGCCAUUGCCAAAUAUACCAUUUUUCUGGAUCUUGUUCCGUACAUAUUCUCAUUGGAGAGCUCUCAAGGGAAGUGAGAGGCUUAUGCUACUGGUUUCAGACAGUUCAAAGUCAUGGAGUUUACUUAUUGACAAUAAAAAGGAAAGUGACCUAAAGGCUGACUUGAAGAAUAGUUGUGAAGAUGCUCUCCCUCCUCCCUGGAUUUUGCAGCCCUCCAAGGAUCUCGAGAGACUUCUUAACGGGGAGGGUAUCAAGGACAGCAUUAGUUGUACCACCAUCUCUAGUAUUUGCAAAACGUAUGAUCUUGACAGGAAUGUUAUAGUGAAGUACAGGAAUUUACGAUAGUUUCUUGAAUUGCUUGGUGCAUUCAGUGCUAAUUACAAGUUUGAACUUGUUUUUACCGAGCUCACAACAUGCAAACAUCUUUUGCACAGCCUAUGCAUGCGACAAAUGAGCUUAAGGCCAAAGUUUUGUUUACGGUAAAUGUUUCAUUGUUAUAAAGUUAAAUUGGACGAGGAAUUUUUCUUUGACUCCUAUAUUGAAUAUGACAACUGAGUAUUGAUUGA